AUGGCGUCCUCUUCACACAACGAUUCCUCCCAGAAGGGCAUCUUCCUGAGCCCUCUUCAAGUCCCAGAUUCUUCCGCAAGAGAGCGCUCUCUAUCCGCCUCAUCAGCAGGAGCUUCUUCCUCAUGGUCUGGCCCAACAGAUUUCAACCACAGCCCAACUUCACCAACCUCAUCUCUCUCACCAGAUAUGGCCUGGAACCCAGACCCCUCUCGACUAAUGGUCCAACAAACCUCACAUAAACCCUCAUCUUCCAUCGACGGCGAGACGUUACGAGCACGCUCUGAUUCCUUCGCAUCCUCAGCAGGCCUGACCAUGCGUUCCAGAGCUAACUCCGUUGAUCCCACCCAGGGGAGUAAAUCAUUUGAUGACGUGCCUCUAUCAGAGGCCCUUAAACCGGAUCUUCGUGAUGUGGCCGACUUUAAAAUUGAUUAUAACCCAUUCGCUUUCUCCCCGGGGCAACUGAAUAAGAUGCAGAACCCCAAAUCUCUCGCUGCCUUUUAUGUCCUUGGUGGCUUGCAGGGAUUGGAACAGGGUUUACGAACGGAUCUCAACGCUGGCUUGUCUAUGGACGAAGGCCGGUUGGAAGGUGCCGUCGCUUUCCAACAGGUGACACCCCCAUUAUACCCGGAAAAGCGACCCUCCAUUAGCAAGCCAUCCUCGUCAGCUCAGGCAGCUCCAUCGGUACCGGUGUCAUCUAGCGGUGGCUCGCCAUUCGAGGAUCGUGUCCGAGUCUUCAGCGAGAAUCGACUCCCUGCUCGAAAAACCACGGGUUUCUUGAAGCUCCUGUGGAUUGCCUACAACGAUAAGAUUAUUAUACUAUUGACCAUUGCCGCCAUCGUAUCCCUGUCCCUGGGAAUCUACGAGACGAUCGAUGGAGGGACGGGAGUGGAAUGGGUCGAGGGUGUGGCUAUCUGCGUGGCGAUUCUCAUCGUCACCGUCGUCACUGCUGCCAAUGACUGGCAAAAGGAACGGCAAUUUGCCAAGCUUAAUAAGAGGAAUAAUGAUCGUGAAGUGAAAGUUAUCCGAUCAGGCAAAUCCAUGAUGAUAUCAGUGUACGAUAUCAUGGUCGGCGACAUUCUCCACCUCGAGCCGGGUGACUCUAUCCCUGCAGAUGGAGUCUUGAUCUCGGGUCAUGGUGUGAAAUGCGACGAGUCCUCUGCUACUGGAGAGUCAGACCAGAUGAAGAAGACUGAUGGUCACGAAGUCUGGCAGCAGAUCGUUGAGGGUCACGCAACCAGGAAACUAGAUCCGUUCUUGAUUUCCGGUAGCAAGGUGCUCGAAGGUGUCGGCACUUAUCUGGUUACCAGUGUUGGACCGUAUUCCUCCUAUGGUCGAAUCAUGAUGUCGCUCCAGACCUCGAAUGACCCUACCCCCCUUCAAGUGAAGCUGGGUCGUCUUGCGAACUGGAUUGGGUAUUUGGGCUCAGCUGCUGCGAUCGUCCUAUUCUUUGUGCUGUUGUUCCGAUUCAUUGCCGACCUUCCAAAUCACCCUAAUGUCAGUCCCGCAGAAAAGGGCAAAGAAUUCGUCGACAUCUUGAUUGUGGCCGUCACUGUUAUCGUUGUCGCAAUUCCAGAGGGCUUGCCACUGGCUGUCACAUUGGCUCUGGCUUUCGCUACUACCCGCAUGGUCAAGGAAAACAACCUUGUCCGAGUCCUACGGGCCUGUGAGACUAUGGGAAAUGCCACAGUAGUGUGUUCCGAUAAAACUGGAACCCUGACACAGAACAAAAUGACAGUUGUCGCUGGUUCAUGGGGCUCAGAUCACAGCUUCGCCCAGUCAUCCGAGACCCACGACGGGACUACCUCGAUGACUACCGCAGAGGCUUUCCAAACCUGCUCGGCUCCUGUGCGAGACCUCAUUGUCAAAAGCGUUGCCUUGAACUCCACUGCCUUUGAGGAAGAUAAGGACGGUCAAAGGGGAUUCGUUGGGAGUAAGACGGAAGUUGCUCUCCUACAAAUGGCUAAGGAUCAUUUGGGUAUGGACCUCGUCGCUGAGCGCGGGUCUGCUGAUAUCAUUCAGCUCAUUCCCUUCGACUCUGCCCGCAAAUGCAUGGGCGUUGUAUACCGCCAUGCAGCUAUUGGAUAUCGUCUCCUCGUUAAAGGAGCAUCCGAAUUGAUGGUUGAUGCCUGCUCUAUGCAGAUCACCGAUGUUGACACGUGCAAGGAGAAACUCCGCACAGAGUCACUGUCUGAAAAGGGAAAGCAGAAGGUCUUGGACACCAUUGAUCGAUAUGCCCAGGGUUCUCUUCGUACUAUUGGAAUCGUUUACAAGGAUUUCGAAACCUGGCCUCCCAAAGAUGCCAAGAAGCAUGAAGAUGAUCCUAAUUCAGCCAAGUUUGAAGAUUUAUUUAAGGGCAUGACCUGGGUUGGCGUUGUGGGUAUUCAAGAUCCCCUUCGACCUGAGGUUCCCCCGGCUAUUGAGAAGUGCCGUAUGGCCGGAGUUCAGGUCAAGAUGGUGACAGGCGACAAUGUUGCCACUGCGACUGCCAUUGCAUCUUCUUGCGGUAUCAAGACUGAAGGUGGUCUAGUUAUGGAAGGUCCCAAGUUCCGUCAGCUGUCCGACGAGGAAAUGGACGAGGUCGUUCCACGUCUCCAGGUCUUGGCUCGCUCCUCGCCAGAGGAUAAACGUAUUCUGGUUGAACGACUUAAGCUUCUCGGUGAGACCGUUGCUGUCACAGGCGACGGCACGAACGACGGCCCUGCUCUGCGCACUGCCGAUGUUGGCUUUUCCAUGGGUAUCGCUGGUACCGAGGUUGCCAAGGAAGCCAGUUCGAUUAUCCUUUUGGAUGACAACUUUAAGUCUAUCGUGACUGCGAUUUCUUGGGGACGAGCUGUGAAUGACGCUGUGGCCAAGUUCCUGCAGUUCCAGAUCACGGUUAACAUUACCGCUGUGGUCUUGACCUUCGUCUCAGCCGUGUACAGUAGUUCGAACAGCAGUGUUUUGAGCGCUGUGCAGUUGCUUUGGGUGAACUUGAUCAUGGACACAUUUGCUGCUCUUGCUCUAGCCACCGAUGCCCCCACGGAAAAAAUUCUCGACCGAAAGCCCGUGCCAAAGAGUGCCUCGCUUUUCACCUUGACAAUGUGGAAGAUGAUCCUCGGUCAAGCAAUCUACCAACUCGCCUUGACAUUCAUGCUCUACUUUGCCGGGGACAAGCUUCUCGACGCCCACCUCGACGACAUCCACCCAGACCACCGAGCCAAGCAACUUUCCACAGUUGUAUUCAACACCUUCGUGUGGAUGCAAAUCUUCAACGAGUUCAACAACAGACGCCUCGAUAACAAAUUCAAUAUUUUCGAAGGCAUGCUCCGGAACUACUGGUUCCUGAGUAUCAACGCCGUCAUGGUCGGCGGCCAAGUCAUGAUCGUCUAUGUAGGCGGCGAAGCCUUUGGCGUAACCCGGCUCAGCGGCAUCCUUUGGGCAGUCUGUUUGAUCUGCGCCUUGGGAUGUCUGCCAUGGGCUGUGGUUCUGCGCAUGAUUCCCGAUCGCCACUUUGGUGUUGUGUUUAAUGCCGUCCUUGGUGGUAUGAACGCUAUUUCUCGCCCGCUGGUCAAGGGCCUUAAAGCCCUUUUCCAACCAUUGGCCCGGUUUACCCGCCGACUCUUUUCUCGUCGUGACACUAAGACUGUGGACUCACCUGAGUCUGAGACUGAGAUCUCUUCGAGUUCACCGGUCAGUGAUGAGGAAGCCCCCGCCGCACCAAAAAUCUCUCGUCAGGAGAGUCUCGAACGUCCUCGGACACCGCCGGCGAUCGCCGUUCCCCCCAUCCUGGUUACAAGCUCUCCCUGA